AUGGCAACUCGCAGAACACAACUCCCUAACCUGCCCAAAGAAGUUCUCGAUCAGAUCUCAAGCAACCUCGGUUACGCAUCAUGUCUUGCUCUCACUCUUACCUGUCGAGAGCUCUAUGCUAAAGUCAACCUCCCUACGCGACCUAUCAGCGAUAUAUAUUGCCAUUCUAAAAAACCAUACGCCAUGACAGACCUCCUCGAGAUAAAGAUGUGGCCAGUGUAUAAUGGAGCUGCUUUUGACGACGAUCACUUGAAACAGGCAACUCCCAAUCGUGACUUCUUCGCCUGUUACAUUUGUCUCAGACUGCGCUCGGCAUCCGAAUUCUCCAACGCCAUGAUGAAGGGUAAACGCGGAAAACUAGGCUAUAGCAUCGUCUCCGAGAGGUCCAAGCGCUUUUGCAUGUCGUGCGGCGUACUUUAUAGCUUGUAUCAGCCGGGAAAACCUUUCCAGUUUGGGGGUAGCUUGCUCGGAACGGCGUGGGUUUGCAGGGGCUGUCAUGGAUUAAAAACUUUGACCCUGUGGGACAUGGGCUCUUCUUCAGAUGGGACAUGCCCGGAUUGCGGCGAAAAACCUCCCUACCUUCUAGAAACAAGUACUUGA